AUGCCUCCGCACCGAAAAAGGGGCAGGCCACCAAACGCCUUUUAUGAGCAGCGGGGGCUCACGCCUCCAUCACGUCAGUCGCACAACAGAGAACAGCCUCCUCCGCCUCCCCGUGAGCCGCAGCCUCCCGUCAACAUAUUUUCGCACCCUGUAUACAGUCUCCCUAUUCCUCCGCCUAAUUCUGUGGAAUCACAGCUUCUGAACGACGAGGUGGACGUGUUCUCAUUUAGGCAGUCUGCAGCCUUCAAGUUCAAGCUGAAUAACGAAUUGUUGGAGAACGUGCUGAGCAAGUUUGUGCCGUUUACGAAAAUUGUUCCUCCGUCCUCGUUUCCCGUGUGUCUCGUAAACGGCAAACCCGUUGGCGCCGAGAACGCGCCUUCAGAGGAAGAGAUCAAGCAGAGUUUUGAAAAGCCAACGGCUGCAGACAGCCAUUGUGGAGAUUUGCGAGUCAUGAAGCUGAAACAAGAGCAUCAGAGGAAACUUAUUGAGCAACUAGAGUCGGAAACGAUUAACGAAGACAUUGACGAGAGAUUUGCUGACGAGACGGAAAAAAUCAGUCUACUAUCUGACACAUUCCAGGAAUAUGACGUAACAAAGCUGGACCAAUUCAAAUCUAUGGUGGAUAGUAUAACAGACGACCUCAAGGCCAAAUUCAACAUUGAGAUACAGGACGACGAACUUUUUAAACAACGCCGGCUAAAGUUUGAGCAGCGCAAGUGCACCUUGGAGGAAUAUCAACAGGCAAGAGAGCUCAUACUUAGGCGCAGAAAGGAGGCAGAGGAUCGCAAGCUUCGGCUAGAACAAGAACUUGCCGAAAAGAAGAGACAAGAGGAGGAGUUUAUGCAGAAACAGCGUCAGGAGGAAGAGCAGCGCAGAGCGCAAGAAGCUCAAAACAGACGUACAGAGGAGACUUCUGCAAUGUCCGUUCCUAAUGCCGCCCCAGCCCAACAGGAAAUGCUGGGAGAAGCUCAUUUCGACGAUCCGUUCACUACGGGAGCCCAGAACGGCAAUUUCGAGUUUGACAAUAACCUAUUGUUCGCCGGUUCGGACGAUCUGAUUAUGGGUGACGAUGGUGCAUUCGGAGCUCUUGACGACCAGGUGUUCCUCGACAACCUUCACGGAAACUUGGAAUGA